AUGGCUGUGUUAAGAAGCCUUAUGUCGAAUCGGUACGUCCGUUGGACGAAACAAUAUCCUGAACUGUUUAUUACCUGGUGUGUUAUGACUUAUACCUUUGGAGUUGCUGGCUACAUGCUUGGUCAACGAGGAAUGUUGAUCGAACAUGACACCCAGGUUCGCAUUCCCCGAGAGAAAGCGCAUCCAUGGGAGGAUUCAGAUCAAGAUCAUGGAAGUAAUCUUCUCUAUGGAUAUAAGUAUUUUCCCAGAGGUGAUACAUCGAAGGAACCAAAGAAAUCACCCUCCCCAAUCCAGUACAGUACGGUGACUACCAGAGGAAUAUCUCAGAAUCUUAUUGAACGAUUUUCAAAGUAG